CCAAGCCACCAUACCGCCAUACGGUAUAUCAUGGCAAAGACGAAAACCAUUGAUUCCUUUUUCAAAAGAAAAAAUGACGAACCAGAAAGUAAACGACACAAAGCUUCCACAAGUGAACCGCAACCAGUUACUAAUGAAGUGCUAGAACCAGUUACCAAUGAAGCUCAACCACCACCACCAGUUACUAAUGAAGCUGAACAACCACAACCAGUCACUAACAAAGUGGAUCCUAAUCAGCUAGAAAGAGAUCCGGCCAAACGAAAACAAAUGUGGGAGUAUCCGGUUAAUUUAAGGGAACAAGUAAGGCGAGCUUAUCUUUCUUUAGGCCCGUAUCAAAUACGUCUUACAUCGUAUGCAAAUAAAGGUUCAAAGAAUCAUACUCGUAGAUUCCAGUAUUCUUAUUUUAGUAUGUUCCCAAAUUGGUUAGAGUAUUCUCCAACAACACAUGUUGCUUAUUGUUUCAUGUGUUAUUUAUUUAGUGAUAAACCAAGUGUUAGCCAUGGUUAUGAUGCAUUUACUGUGAAGGGAUUUGAUAAUUGGAAAAAGUUGAAUGGAAAAGAUUAUAGAUUCUUGGUACACAUUCGAACUUCUCAGCAUAAAAGUGCUGUGCAAUUUAGUGAAAACUUGUUGAACCAAGCUGCACACAUUGAAAAUCUUAGACUGAAGCAAGAUGAAGAUUAAAGAAUAAAAAACCGUUUAAGGUUAAAAACUACUAUUGAUGCAGUUCGUUGGUUGACAUUCCAAUCUUGUGCUUUACGAGGACAUGAUGAAUCUUCUUCUUCUAAGAAUCGGGGUAACUUUCUAGAACUGCUAGAACUUCUAGCUUCUUAUAAUGAUGAAGUUGCAAAGGUUAUUUUGAAUAAUGCUCCUUAUAAUUCCAAGUAUACUUCACAUGAUAUUCAAAAACAAGUUUUGAGUAUUAUUGCAAAAAAAGUUCGAAAUCAUAUUCGUAAUGAAGUGGGGGAUUCAUACUUUUGUGUAAUGGUUGACGAGUCACGAGAUGAGUCAAAGAAAGAGCAGAUGGCCAUAGUUUUGAGAUUUGUUGAUAGAGAUGGGAUCAUAAGAGAAAGAUUCUUGGAUUUGGUUCAUGUUACGGAUACCAUGGCAUUAACAUUGAAAACAAACAUGUGGAGACGACUUUUACACUAUCAGUUUGAUGUUAGUAAAAUCCGAGGCCAAGGUUAUCAUGGUGCUAGCAACAUGAGUGGGGAAUGGAAUGGAUUACAGGCACUUGUUCUUAAGGAUUGUCCUUAUGCGUAUUAUGUUCAUUGUUUUGCUCACAGGUUACAACUUGCGUUAGUUGCUGCUGCAAAGGAUGUCACUCCAGUUCACACUUUUUUUACAAACUUGGCUUUUGUAAUUAAUGUGGUUUGUGCUUCUAGCAAACGUCAUGAUGAGUUACAAAUGGCAAAGUCAGAUGAGAUCAGAAAGUUAUUGGAACUUGGUGAAAUCAAAUCAGGAAAAGGAUUGAAUCAAGUUGGAACAUUAAGAAGAGCCGGUGAUACACGUUGGGGUUCUCACUUUAACUCUGUUUGCAGCUUGCUCAACAUGUUUGAUGUCACUCGUGUUGUUCUCCAGGAAAUCAUUGAAGACAGAACACAUACUACUAUAUCUCAUCGUGGAGAUGCUGAUGCUGCUCAUAUGCACAUGAAGUCAUUUGAGUUUGUGUUUAUUCUUCACAUGAUUAAGAAAGUGAUGGGAAAAACGAAUACACUUUCUCAAGAAAUACAAAAAAAGUCCCAAGAUAUUGUUAAUGCCAUGGAGUUAGUUUCAUCUACGAGGGAGAGUCUAAAUAUUUAUAGAAACAGUGGGUUUGAUUCUUUACUUGACGAGGUGACCUGCUUUUGUAACAAGCAUCAAGUAGAGAUACCGGAUUUGAAAGCUCCAUAUACAUCUACUCGAUAUCGGCCUCGUAAAAAAGAUCUUCACGUCACAUUUGAACAUUAUUACCGGGUAGAUUUGUUUAUAGCCACAUUGGAUAUACAGAUAAAUGAGUUGGAUAAUAGAUUUAAUGAGCAUGCGAUGGAGUUGUUGUCUCUUAGUGCGAGUUUGGCUUCAAAAGAGAUUAAUAUUAAUGAGAUUUGUCUUUUUGUUGAAAAGUAUUAUCCUGAAGAUUUUACUGAGUUUGAGGUAACUAAGUUAAGAUAUCAAUCGGAGACUCUUAAUAUUGAUAUGACAAAGAAUAUCUUGCUAAGUGGUGUUUCAACUCUUGCUGAUCUUUGCAAAUGUCUUGUGGAAACCAAAAAACGUGAUGCGUACUAUUUGGUUGAUAGAGUUGUUCGGUUAAUCUUGACACUUCCGGUUUCUACUGUAACAACAGAGAGAGCAUUUUCAACCAUGAAAAUAUUCAAGACCCGUCUUCGCAAUAAGAUGUCAGAUACGUAUCUCGCGGAUAGCUUGGCGAUUUACAUAGAAAGAGAAAUUGCUGAAAACAGUGAUACCCCAUCAGUAAUCGAUGCGUUCAAAGAGCUUAAAGAUCGUAAUGUUGAUUUGUGAUUCUAGUACCUGGUACACAUCUUUUCUCUUGUAAUUUUAAUAAGUACAUGUAGUUUUUUGUUGGUUAGUAACUAUAUAUUUGUAAUUUGAAUGGAAAACUUAGAUUAUUAGUGUUGUUUUUGGUUGACUCGACCCG